AUGACAACACCAAGGCCGCCAUGGCCGGGAACCGGAACUUUGGAGCUACCAAUGUCCACGAACAUUGUUAUCCGCGGUUUAUUGUCAGGCAGUUUUAAGGCAGAUGCUAAUCUCGAUAAUGCAAGGACGGACGAUGCAAUCAAGGUUCGCGCUACUCUUAAGGUGGUUUCCAGACACAUUGAGGCCAUUAACGCGCUGUCGGCGAAGACGUCAGCACAUAAGAUCAACGAUCUGCCGGGGGAGGAGACAAGCAAGAAGUCAUCAGUGGACGUGAAUACGGGGGUCAAUCUGACAUCGGCGAGCGAAGCUCAAGGAAAGGGCAAAGAGGCGGUCAAGGAGGCGGAUGAAGAGGAGGGUUACCUCAGUGACGACCCUGACGAGUGUCAGGACCCGGAAGCGGUUUCCCCAUCGCAUCGCAAGGGGGGUUCGCCAUUAAACUGCUUAUCCCGUACAAGUGGAUCGAGGAAGUCCCGCCUGACGCCGACAUGGCUCUCUAAGGAGCGUUUCGGCCGGGUCCAUGUGGUUUUUGUGCACGCUGCGGAUGCGAACUUCAUGUGGAGCAGGAAAGUGGAGCAUGUGACAAUGACCAAUGUGCGUCUGAAUCUCGGAUGGCAGCACCCGGAGAACCAGGAAUACCUGAAGGAGCGGUCGAUGAAGCCGGGCGCCAUCGAAGUGUUGCUGAGAAAUGUUCCGGCUGUCAUCACGCCUGAGAUGAUCCGGAAGAGCCUGGUGACGGCCACCCUGCUGAAGCGCAAGCGUUCGGCGUUCCUGGAGGGUUCGGCUUUUCACAGGGUGGUGGACCCGGUUACGGGCUCAGACACGGAUAAGAUCAAGGGGUUGGUGUACCGCCACCCCGGGGAUAAGUAUAAGUGGUGGCACAGGGUGACGGAUAAGAUUCAUGGGACAGAUCUGCUAGUCUCGUUUCCCGCACUCACCUGCUCGUUUUGCAACGGCAUGCACAUGUCGUGUUUCCAUGAUGAGUAUGUGACGGAACGGCAUGACAACUUUACGAAGUGGAACCUGCCGCUGGCGCGGGUGCACGAGAUGAAUGAGCUGAGACCAAGUGCAUGUGCAACGGCGAGUGCAGAGAAGGGUGCAGGAGGAGUGGCGAUUGUGGCUUUUCGGAAGCACAUCCGUUUCACGGAGGUGAUGGCUCACCAUACGGGGAGGCUGCUAGGGGUGACGGUGGAAGGAGGAGAUACAAAGUUCCGCUUGAUAGCGGCUUACCUCCCGGCACAACCGGGCAAGCGGACGAAAUUCCAUGUAGAGCACCUGGUCCCUUUUGCGCGAGCCCAGCCUGUUGGAGCGCACCUGGUGCUGGUAGGGGACCUCAACAUCAUUGCGGACCCUGACCUGGACAGGUCAUCGAACACGGGUUCCAGUAGGGAAAAUCAGCGGUUGCUGGAGGCAUGGUCAACCUUUGACCUCCGAGAUGCCUUCUGGGCGCUCAAUCCUGGGGAGAGACAGUACACGUUCAGAGCAAGGCCAUCGGACACCAGAUCCAGAAUUAACAGGGUGCUGGUGUCAACGUCGUUCCUGGGCCAAUUGCUGGAAGCAAGCCACCAGUGGGUGCCGAAGAAGCUGUCAGAUCACCAGUUUGCAAUCCGGGUCAGCCUCGCUUUCAAGUCAUCACAUACCAGUGGACCUGGGAUUUGGAGGCUGCAGGCAACACGAGUAAAUCGGAGGGGAGUCAGAGCGGUAAUACAGAAGGUUCUGGGUACUCCAAACGGGCGGAGCGGACGGGCGCUGGAGCAGAUUCUCCCACGCCUGAGCGCGGCUUUGCGGACAUACGAAAGGGAGGAACGCAAGCAGGUCGCAGCAACGAGACGUCAUCUGGAAGCAGAGAUCACGAGACUCAACCAUCUGGUCAUGGCGGGGCCCACGGAAGCAGUGAUCAAAGAGAGGUUGCUGACCAUGGAGGCACAGCUGGAGGGAUACCAGGAGAGCGAGAGGGAAAGGUUACAGGUACUGGCAGGGCUGGAUCUGGAAAUGCACGGUGAAAUCCCGUCCCCGUAUCUGUCGGCCAAAGUCAAGAUGAGGAAAGACAAAACGAUCAUCAAGGAAGUGCUGCACAUGAGGAAACGUUUUUACGGCUCACAGGAGGUGCUGAAGGCGGCGGCUGAUCAUUUUCGGGAAGCAUUCAAGAAGCAUACGGAAGCAGAGGCGAGGAAGGGAGACACAGUAGAGGUGCCCAGGCGGUUACCGGAAGAGGCGGCGGAAAGGCUACGCGCCCCAUGGUCGGAGGAGGAGAUUAAAGAGGCGCUAGUAGGCUUACCGAGGGGCAAGUCGCCAGGUCAGGACGGCUUACCACCAGAGCUGUUUAAGGCGCACUGGGACCUUCUGGGAGGGCCGCUGGUGGAGUUCGCAAGGAGUUUCGAGAGAACAGGUCUUCUGGACGAGUCGAUAACCACGGCGGUGACGGUCCUGCUGCAUAAGAAGGGGCCGACGGAUCAGUUAGGCAACUACAGACCGAUCACGCAGCUGAGCACGAUCUAUAAAGUACUGGCGAAAUUACUGGCAAACAGACUCAAGAAAGAGCUGCACCAGAUAAUAUCCGAGGAUCAGCACGGGUUCAUACCUGGGAGGUGCCUGGCAGACGCGGUAGCGGUGGUAACUGACGCGGUGGAUGCUGCAGACAAUGGAGGGGACGACUGGUUCCUCCUCCUGGUGGAUUUUCAGAAAGCAUACGACACAGUGGCAAGGCCAUACCUCUUCAACGGCUGGUUAGGAGAACGGGUGGAGAUGCAAAGGGGCGUGCGGCAGGGAUGCCCGCUGGCUCCAUAUCUUCUCCUGUGCGCGCUAGAGCCGCUAUGCUGCAAAAUCAAAGAGAAGGGACUGAGGGUGAGCGCGGAAGGGGCGGAGGUGCUGUCGUACGUCGGGUACGCUGACGAUACAACAUUGAUCCUGAAGGGAGUGGAACAGCUGAAAGAAGCAGAGAUGAUUUUGGAGCAGUUCGGGGAGCUGUCAGGCCUGAAGACCAACAAAGAUAAAUCGGUGAAGAUGGCAUACCGGAGCGCCUGCUAG